AUGAACAUCUGGUCUGGUGUCAUUGCGCUCGAUAAUCAAUCGCUACUGCAAGAUCUACAGCUCAUCGAUCAAUCCGCUAGUUGGCAAUCGAAUAUACUCCAGAGCUCUACUUUGUGCUUUAGAUCCUACGUGAACCCGGCUCUCAUACCUCUUUACGCGCGCGUCGGUCCGAACCUCGAACUCCAUACGAGUAACCCGGGAACCUCGCGAUGGCUAAAACACAAAUUGCUGGGAAGCUUAUGGCUAGAGGACGAUGGCUGGGACCGCUUUCAAACAAUACAAUGUCCAGUCGGGCUCCUUCUGGAUCUCGAUGGAGCUACACGGCCAAGGGCGUCGGGGCCGUCGACCACCAACCUGGUGGUAUAUGGUAUUUUGUCAACAUCUACCUCGUAUCAACGGCCACCGACGCCGCCUGUAUCAUUUUCACGUGGAACCGCAGAAUUCGCGUCCAGCACCGUCAAACAAGAACUAAGGAUAUAUGCUACGCCAAUCUCCGGGUCCCUUAUCGCAAGAGCUCAGGCGCUUCCAGAUCGUGACGACACUGAGACCAUUGCCGGCCAUGAACAGCUUGCCCAGUUUCUUCCGGAUAUUCACUCACCCAGUCCCAAGCGCAAGCGCGUCGAAACCCUAUUUGAAUCGGUAGCUCAGCAUCAUAAGCGAGUACGGCACAAGGGAGGCGAGGCUGUAUCCCAGCUGAUGGCCCAGAGCAUCUUACAGCCCUCACAACAGCUGCAGGGCUAUAGAGUUAAAAGAGAAUCAGAAGAGCCAGGCCUCCCAAUACUGAGCAAGAUCGCUUCGCACCGACCUAGGUCACUCUCGAUCAGUUCGAAUCUGCACCCGAACAAAGCGGCGGAACCUCGCCCCGAGAAUUCACGUCCUAGCAGCAGUUGGGGUUGUGCAAGUCAGCUCUCCUCCAGAAGGGCUACACCGGUAUUAGGGUUAUCAACGGAAGGCCCCACACGCAGAGGAAGUGUCUUGUCCGCUGUCUUACCGCCCUCCGAAGGCAAGGAGACUCCUCUGGAAACUAAGCCUGUGGAAAAUAUCAUCGCCGAUAACAAAAACACUAUAACCCGUACGAUCUUGACGUGUAUGCGGUUAUACGGUUUCAACCGCACAGCGCGCCCUCUAUCUUCCAAAAACCUCUCUCAUAGUGACAUAAUUCCUCCACACAUUGAAGGAAGGGACUCACAGAUGUCCGGUGACAGCAUGGCUUUACCUGCUUCGAACCCUAGCACUGAUGAAGACGAAUUCAAAGCCAUGUAUCACGCGACAUACCGUGCUUCAACUUUUGCGCUGCGAAAAUAUCUGAAGGAACCGUCCGAUGGUGAGGAUGGUUGCUACGAGCCCAUGAUGUUAUGA